AUGACCACGCAUCCCAACGAGCUCCCACCGCCGUACGACCAGGACGAGCAGCCCAGCGGCCAGCUUCCCGGCGGGCCGAGCUCCACGCUCGUGCUCGACAAGUGCGACGUCUACGCCAUAGACGCGCCCUCGCGGCCCCUCUACCGCCUCAGCAACCCGCCGUGCGAAGCCACCACCAAGGUCUACGGCGUCGAAAAGGUGCGCUACCGCGUUACCGACGGCGACGGCGACGAGCCGCGCCUGCGCUCGCGCCUCAAUCACAUCUACGACUUCCAGACAAAGUAUUUUUACUCGCUGCGGGACCUGCGCGCGCCCGUCGUCGUCGAGGGCAAGACGAGUCGCAAGCGCACGUACCGGAGCGUCAAGGUGUCGGCCUCGGUGACGGGCUGGUCGGGCUGCGCCGCCGAGGACCACUUCAAAGCCGAGGUGCGCCUCUCGGGCCGCCUGCAGCGCGGCGAGGGCGCCCAGAUCCUGUGGCGCAACAUGGAUGGCCGGGUCGUUGCCGCCGAGACGCGGCCCACGCGCGGACCCGAGGGCAUGGUCGAGAAGCCGCCGCGCCUCGAGGUCCGCGAGCCGCUCGAUGAGAUGGACCUGGACCUGCUGGUGACGUGCUGGGCGGCGCGGCUGUGGAAGGAAGCCGAGAAGGAAAUGCGAGAGCCGCUCACCUGGGGCGAUUUCAAGAGAAUCGCCGGACAAAAGAAGAGAUUCGGCAACACGCCCAUGCUGGGCAGCGGGGCCCUGGGGCUAUUGGGGACAGCUGGGAUCUGA